AUGCUGACAGAAAUAGUUGACAAGUCUUCCCAUGUGGAUGCAUUUGCUCAGUCUCAACUGACUGUUCAAGAGACAAAUAAUCUCGGACCUAACAGAAUCUUCCAUCAGAAAGUCAGUCGCGGUGUUCUUUCCCUCCCACAUCUGGAAGAUCAAGCAAAGCAUGGUUUGGUUGCGGACACUGCAAAGCCUCCCCCCCUUGAAAGCAGCCCGCCUCAGAUAACAAAUAAGAGCUUGCAGAAUGUCCUCCCCUCUCUUCAGGGAAACAGAACUCGAGGAAAUUUUUCUCAAUUUAACAUUCCAGACAGUCUUCUUGAAAGUGAUACCAGAGCCCAGACAAAACCAUCAGAACUGGAAAGCACCAGCAUCAGUGUCAAACUGCCUAUGACAGCUUCAGAAGCCUUGAAAAAAUUUAGAAACCAGUUAACAGUCUAUGAGCAAAAAGAAAUUUUCAAUUAUGCAGAGCUAUGGUUUCUUGGGCUGGAAGCUAAAAAGAUUGAAGGUUUUUCUGAAACCCAGAAUAAUAAUUGCUAUGAUGAUGAGCAUGGUUCCUACUUAAAGGUUUUACAUGACCAUAUUGCAUACCGAUAUGAAGUGUUGGAGGUGAUUGGGAAAGGAUCAUUUGGGCAGGUGGCUAAAUGCUUAGAUCAUAAAACCAAUGAAUUAGUGGCAUUGAAAAUAAUAAGGAAUAAGAAAAGAUUUCACAGCCAGGCUUUGGUAGAAGUGAAGAUCCUUGAUGCUCUCCUGAAGAAGGACAAAGAUGAUACACACAAUAUCAUCCACAUGAAGGAAUACUUCUACUUUCGCAAUCACUUCUGUAUUUCCUUUGAACUGCUGGGAAUAAAUUUGUAUGAGUUGAUCAAAAAGAACAAUUUCCAAGGUUUCAGUUUGUCUUUAAUUCGACACUUCACUCAGUGUGUGCUGAGAUGUUUACAAGUGCUCUACCAGGAAAGAAUCAUUCACUGUGAUCUGAAGCCUGAGAACAUAUUAUUACACCACAAAGGCCAAGGUUCAGUUAAAGUUAUUGAUUUUGGAUCAAGCUGCUAUGAACACCAAAGAGUGUACACUUAUGUUCAGAGCCGGUUUUAUCGCUCGCCUGAAGUGAUUCUUGGUCAUCCUUAUGCUAUGGCUGUUGAUAUGUGGAGCUUGGGCUGUAUCAUGGCUGAGCUUUACACAGGCUACCCACUGUUUCCAGGUGAAAAUGAGGUUGACCAACUUGCCUGUAUCAUGGAGGUAUUGGGUCUUCCACCACCUGAUUUUAUCCAGGCUGCAUCAAGAAAGCGAAUGUUCUUUGAUUCCAAAGGUUUCCCUAAAUCCAUAACUAACAGCAAGGGGAAAAAGAGAUGCCCAGACUCCAAGGAUCUAAGCACAGUGCUGAAAACCCAUGAUGCUGGUUUCUUGGAUUUUCUGAAAGGAUGUCUAAUGUGA